UAAUUUACAAGCACUGUUUUGCCUUUAUUUCUUCCUUUUCUUUAUAUGGUUUUAUUUUCUGCCACGCAAUGUGUUGUAAUUUUUAUAUAUACUUCUUGAGAGGGUGAGAGAGGAAGAUAGAUAAUUAUAAAUAUAGGCAAAAAGAAGUGGCAGAGUUAGUUAAUUAGUACUACUGAAGAAGAUGGGAAAAUGGGUGGUUCUGCUAGUGCUACUGGUGGUGUUGUUAAAAGUAAUUGAAGCUGCAGAGGUGACAUAUGAUGGAAGAUCACUCAUCAUUGAUGGACAAAGAAAACUUCUCUUCUCUGGUUCAAUUCAUUAUCCUCGCAGCACUCCUCAGAUGUGGCCAGGUUUGAUAGCGAAAGCAAAACAAGGAGGAUUGGACGUUAUUCAGACUUAUGUGUUUUGGAAUCUUCAUGAACCCCUGCAACCUGGACAGUAUGAUUUCAGUGGAAGAUAUGACUUGGUGAGAUUCAUAAGGGAAAUUCAAGCUCAAGGACUCUAUGUCUGCCUCAGAAUUGGACCUUUCAUCGAGGCUGAAUGGACAUACGGGGGAUUCCCAUUUUGGUUACAUGAUGUCCCUGGGAUUGUCUACAGAUCAGACAAUGAACCUUUCAAGUUCUACAUGCAAAAUUUUACAACAAAAAUUGUGAACAUGAUGAAAGCAGAGGGUUUAUAUGCUUCACAAGGAGGCCCAAUCAUAUUGUCACAGAUUGAGAAUGAAUAUCAAAAUGUCCAAAAGGCAUUUGGCAUAGCAGGAAAACAAUAUGUUCAAUGGGCUGCAAAAAUGGCUGUGGGCCUUCAGACUGGCGUACCAUGGGUUAUGUGCAAGGAAGAUGAUGCUCCUGAUCCUGUGAUCAAUACAUGCAAUGGCAUGUACUGUGGAAAAACUUUUACCGGACCAAACUCCCCCAAUAAGCCUAGGCUGUGGACGGAGAACUGGACGUCUUUCUAUCAAGUGUAUGGUGGACUCCCAUAUAUAAGGUCUGCUGAAGACAUUGCACUUCAUGUCACUCUUUUUAUUGCAAAAAAUGGAAGCUAUGUCAACUAUUAUAUGUAUCAUGGUGGAACCAACUUUGGGAGAACAGCCUCAGCUUAUUGUAUAACAGGAUAUUAUGAUCAAGCCCCACUUGAUGAAUAUGGUUUGUUCAGGCAACCAAAAUGGGGACAUCUCAAGGAAUUGCAUGCUGCAAUCAAGUCUAACUCCACAACUAUAUUGCAAGGAGUGCAGAGUAACUUCUCUUUAGGUCGUCUCCAAGAGGCUUGUGUUUUUGAAGAAGAAAAAGGAGAAUGUGUUGCUUUCCUUAUAAACUAUGAUGGAGGAAACAAUGUUUCUGUCCAGUUCCGGAACAAAUCAUAUGAAUUGCUCCCCAAGUCCAUAAGUAUCUUACCAGAUUGCCAGAAUGUGAUUUUCAACACUGCAAAUGUUACUACAACAAGCAACAGAAGGAUCAUAAGUCCUAGACAAAACUUCAGCUCAGUGGAUGAUUGGGAGCAAUUCCAAGAUGUGAUUCCAAACUUUGAUGACACCUCACUAAAAUCAAAUUCAUUACUCGAGCAAAUGAACACAACAAAAGACAAAUCAGAUUACCUUUGGUAUACUCUCAGGUUUGAAUAUAAUCUAUCUUGCAGUGAGCCAACACUUAAUGUUCGCUCUGCUGCUCAUGUUGCCCAUGCUUUUGUGAACAACACAUACAUAGGAGCUGUACAUGGAAAUCAUGAUGUAAAGAAUUUCACCUUAGAGUUCCCGGUUACACUAAAUGAAGGGGCAAACAACCUUUCUAUACUCAGCGUCAUGGUUGGACUUGCGGAUUCAGGGGCAUAUCUUGAAAGGAGAUUUGCUGGUUUAAUCAGUGUGGGACUUCAGUGCAGUGAGAAGGAGUCUCUUCAUUUGACCAAGUCUACAUGGGGAUAUCAGGUUGGAUUACUAGGGGAGCAACUAGAAGCAUAUAAUGGACAAAAUAGCAGUGAUGUUGAAUGGACUCAACUGGGGAAUAUUAUGGAUCAGACUCUCAUUUGGUACAAGACUACAUUUGACACACCUGAGGGGGUUGAUCCUGUUGCAUUGGACCUUAGCUCAAUGGGAAAAGGCGAGGCUUGGGUAAAUGGACAAAGCAUUGGUCGCUAUUGGAUUUUGUUUCAUGAUUCCAAAGGCAAACCUUCACAAUCACUAUAUCAUGUGCCUCGGUCUUUCCUUAAAGACAAAGGAAACAACACUUUGGUUUUGGUGGAGGAAGGUGGUGGGAACCCUCUUCAUAUCUCAGUGAACACUGUUUCAGUCACAGAUUUACAUGAAAACUCUUCUAAAUUAUCAUUCCCUUCCUCUGCUUAGUAUUGUUAAUUAUAAAGAAAAUAUACAUGUAAUCACACACAUACAGAACCUGUUUCCUUACAGGGCUAGAAAAUUGAAACAUUUCUAGCUUGUACACAUGAUACAAAUUUGAUUAUUACAAAAAUAUUUCUUGAAAAAAUAUCUGCAGUGUUAGAAAUACAAUGUUCUUGAUAUGGCAUCUGAGUUAAUGGUAUAUGGUUC